GCUGGCGGAGUCGAGGUAGACCCUUAGGUUUUUCGGUCAGUACAUCCUAGUUCUACUAUGAGUGGGCUCGGUGCGAGCGCAGCGGCGGGGGCAGUCGGAGGAGCAGCCGCCGGUGCAGCCGCGGGGUUGGGGGUAGAUAUGGACGUCUCGCCGGCUCCAGCUACAGUCGCCGACAUCAGAGACGGUUUUCGGCGGCAGCGUAGACGGACCGACACGGACGAGGACAGGCAGGAGCAGUUUGCACUAGAGCAGGAGACGGAGUGGAGGCGGACCUUGCAGCGCGAGCUGCAGCUCUCGAGUCUGGAGGGGGGUGUCCUCGAGAGCAGGACCGUCAUCGAGGGUUGGGUUAGCAGGGUUAGGGCUACGGCUGAGGAGGCGCGUGUGGCUCACGAGCAGGCUGUUGCAGAGGCAGCGGCGCUACAGGCAGCACGUGAGCAGUUUAGACAGGAGACAGAGCAGCAGCAGCAGCAGCAGCAGCAGCAGCAGCAGCAGCAGCAGCAGCAGCAGCAGCAGCAGACGCAGCAGCAGCCACAGCAGCAGCCACAGCAGCAGUCGCAGCAGCCGUUUGGUGCCACUGCUACAGGGACAGGGGUUGCUGCAGGGGCAGGGGUUGCUGGAGAGGGGGGAGAGCCGUACGCUAUCACCUCACUUCUGUUCCAGCAGGUCUUUGCUGGCGUCUUGCCGGGAGCUGCUACAGGGGGGGCAGCAGCAGGGGGUACCACUGAGGCAGCAGCUCCUGCUGACGCCACGUUACUCUCACAGGCGGCAGAGGUUUCAGCUGCUAUCCAGUCAGGUACGGUGCCGACGUACAUCUCCACACUCAUAGAGACUGAGGCAGAGGUUCUGGCCACUGCACUGCGCGUAGUCUUCAAGACCGAGCGGGGUCUGGUUAAGACUCGCAGACAGUUCUUCGAGGGGAGGGUAGCAGCCAGCUUCAAGAAGAGCUUCGUUCCGCAGCUGCAUCUUCACACUCCAGAGGUGCAGGCACAGGCUAACACGAGGCUUAGGGAGCUGGAGCAGCAGGUGCUGGGUCAGAUGCAGCUGAUUUUGAUCCAGGGGCAGAUGGAUGACCUGACUCACCUCCAAAGGCAGGUAUCCACCUGGCGCGGCAGGCUUGUGGAGGCGGUAGACGACCUUGUAGCCACAGCUUGCAGCGUGGGCUUUCUUGCGCAGCAGUUUGCAGCAGAGUCUUCUCGCCCUGCUGUUUGGCAGAGCAUCCAGACUCUACGGGGACGGUGUCACGCCGCUGUCGCUGACGCGCUUCUGCGGGUGGGGCUGGAGCACCAGCGGUACGUCCACCAGGAGACCACCAGGAUCGACAGGCAGCAGGCGCAGCGGACGGCCCAGCAGGAGCGGCGAGCACAGGCAGAGGGUGCGCCGGUAGACGAGGUCAUGGGGGAAUUUGUCCCUCGUGAGGUCGAGAGACAGGUCGGCGCUUGGCAGGACGAGCAGAGGGAGGCCUGGCGUCGGUUUUCUGAGCGUCUAGACCGUCUUGAGGGUCGUCGACAGGGGCAGCAGACGCAGCAGCAACGGGGUAGGACCCGUGCUAGGGAGCCGACGGGAGAUGGCCGCCUCGAGUCCAUCUCCCCUGUUCGCAGCCGUCCACAGCCAGCCACAGCGGCGGCACAGACUGCAGGUGCCCAGGCGGCAGCCACCGCAGCUGCUACAGCGGCCCAGCAGCGCCCGGGACAGCGACAGACGCAGACCCAGGGGCAGCAGCAGGGUACAGGACAGGGGCAGCAGCAGGGUGCGGCACAGGGGCAGCAGCAGCGGCAGCAGCAGCAGCAGCAGCCGCAGCAGCAGGCCCCCUUUUCCUGGGGGGCACCACCUGCCCUUCUUGGGCCACCUAGCGCAGCAGCAGUUCCUUCAGCAGCCGUUUUACGGGACUCCGGCGUGGCAGCAGCCACAGCACCGCCCGGGCCCAGUGUUUCCACAGGACCAUCUGCCGCAGCAGCCCCAGGGGCAGCAGCAGACGGGGCAGCAGCAGCAGCAGCAGACGGGCCAGUAGAGGCAGACACAGGGGACGGGGUUGGUAGCCGAGGGAGGCACAGACCACGUAGGAGGCUAGAGGAGUCGGACAGGGAGCGUCUGCUUCGACGGUUUGCCAGGCGCAGUGUGCAAGAGGUCGCGGACAAGCUAACUAACGUGGCUGUCCACAACCUCUCGCGCAGGCGUCUGACAGAGGAUGAGCUUACAGGCCUUGCUCUUGGCCUUAAGUUCAUCCCUACGCCCCCUCCUCUUGACCGAGGGCGGCUGAGUCAGGCUGUGGAGCAGUAUCAGCGGCGGGUUAGGCUAGCGUGGCAGUUUCGGGACAGCCGCAGACCGGUGCCUAGGUUUCGGGUCCCACGACCUAGUUGGCAGCCGGACCCGGGGCCACCAGAGGUCGAGGAGUAUCUUGCUGAGGUAGCUGACAGGGUGGAGGGGCUGGCGGGUCUUAUAGGAGGGCCCGCUCGGCCCAACAUCAGCAGCCGCGUUAGGGGUGCACUCCUGGGGUUGAGUCGUGACCGGUCUGUUGUCAUCAAACCGGCGGACAAAAACCUUGGGAUCGUGGUACUGGAUAGGGACUGGUACGAGGGGGAGGCGCUGAGGCAGUUGGGGGACAGGGCAGUCUACGAGCCGGUUGCUGCGGUGCCGCUACGUUCCCUUUGGCAGCAGCUGUGUAGGUGGGCAGAGCAGGCGCGUUACGCAGGGGUUCCGCCACAGGUGCUGGACUACAUCUUGCAGCCGCGUACUCCGCCGACGGGGGUGUCUGCCGGGGUCUGGGAGCAGUUUCGGGUGUGCAGAUUUUACCUACUACCGAAACUGCACAAGACCCCGGUGGCUGGCAGACCCAUCUGCUCGUCUACGCUUUGGGUCUUUGAGCACGCGUCGGCGGUUCUUGAUCACCACCUCCGCCCCCUCCUACAGUUCUCACCCGCACACCUUCCUGACUCGCUCGCACUUCUUCACCAGCUUCAGGACCUCUCUGUGCCUGCUGACGCUCUCUUCCUCACUUACGACGUAGAGAGCCUCUACCCGUCGAUUCCUAUCGACGCAGGUAUCAGCUGCAUAGAGAGGUGGCUGUUUCGGCUGGUAGGGUUGGGUAGGGUGGCGGUGCGGGUAGCAGACGCGUUGGUGCAGCUGUUGGGGUUAGUCAUGAGACAGAACCACCUCGAGUUUGGUGGUCGCUUCUGGCGACAGGUUCGGGGUACUGCCAUGGGCACGCCUGUGGCGGUGAUCUACGCGGUUCUGUUCAUGGCUUGGUUAGACGAGAGGCUGUUAGAGACCGAGCCAGAGUUGUCGCAGUUCGUCCUUCUCCACCGCAGGUUUAUAGACGACGGGGUGGUUAUUUGGACGGGUACACGUGAGCGGCUCCUGGACUGGGUGCGGGCUUUCGGUGGGUUGGAGCAGACUAUUCGAUUGACCCACGAGAUCUCGACCUCACACUUUACCUUGCUGGACAUUACGUUCAGCAAGGGGGAGCUUUGGCAGAGGACGGCUGUUCUGGACACUAGUACUUUCCAGAAGCCGCUUAACGUGUACCAGUACUUUCCUUUCUCCUCCGCGCACCCCUCUCACUGCAAGAGGGGCUUUAUUUUGGGAGAGUUGCAGCGCACAGGAGCGCCUUCCUCCUCUUGCAUAUCAUUGGGGGGGGUUUGCAUUUAGGGGCCUUGAUGCACAUGGCACUUGUACUCGACAUGCCCCCGACCUUUAUGAGUUCGAGGGGGCACUGCACAUAGUGGGCAGUCAGACCUC